UUGCCACCUUCAAAAGUUACGAAAGCAUUCGCAAUCACAGGUAGCAUGUCCUCUAAGUUUUUGGUCUCCAUGUAGCUUAAAUCGGUGUUGUAAAUAGACCAGUGGAUUAUGUAAAAAUCAAAAGGGCUUUAUAGUAACGUGUAUAGUUGUAGUUCCCACCUCAGUAGUUCCUGUGUGGUUACGGAAAUUUACUAAUACUUCGUUACGUUAGCCGAAGCCUCACAGUUAGCUAACGUGACAUUUCACCGCUGUUUGUUGGAAAACCUUUCAGAUGACACAGUAAGUGCCCACUGGAAACGCCAUCAUCACAAUGACAGAUCAGGAAGGAGAGGGGUGGGGAGGCGUUAAUUUGUCACCUCACCUGCACACUGAUGAGUGUAAUGAACUAAUAACCCUGUUGAAGCAGUGCCACAAAGAGCACAAUUUCCUGAAGUUCUUUGGCACGUGUAAUGAUGUGGACCGUGCCAUGCGUCGGUGCCUGAAGAAAGAGAGGCUGGAGAAGCGGGAGCGUAGCAAGCAGCAUGCACUAGAUAUGAAAAAGAGACUGAAAGACGGGCCCAAGGAGCAUUUCUGAAGAGCAUGUUUCUCCAACUUUGCCACUGGCUCUGCGAGUUAAUCCCAUUCAGAUAUUGGGACACUGAAUUAAGCAUGAGACUGUUUAAAAAAGCUUUCACAUCUGCUUUUCUCUGAAGACAGAGGAGUUGGAACUUAUUGUCUUUGUAAAGUAGUAGUGUGGUUUAUUUUAGCAUUUUAAAGUCUAAACAUCAUGAAUGUGUGUACAUAACGUUGCACAAGACUUGUUGAGUUGAGUUCAUGUUUUCAUUAGUUUAUUGGUUUCUCUGUCUAAAAGCAAACCCCAAAACUGCCUAAUGGAUUGAACACUCAGUUGAAUGGUGGAGCACUGGCAAAAGAAGAACCUGUUUUUUUAGAAGUGGAUCUAGCUUGUUACAAUUUUCAGAUAUUUUUAAUUGGUUUCCGGUUUGAUAAAUAGAUUAUAGGUCUUUUCUCUCUCUCUCUCUCUCACAUUACCUUGUAUUUACUGUUCAUUUGAUGGCUGGGG